GGACAGUGCUUGAUCGUGGAGGUUCCAACCGCCGAGCCGCCAUUUGAUCUUCUGCACGGCCCCCUGACUUCCCUCCUGCACAUAGUGGGGGUCAGCACGUGCCCUUCCAGCGGUUGGACCCACCGCAAUUAGACACCUCCUAUGCUUUGGAUAGAAGUGGAAGAGCUGGGGAUGGAGGCGGAUGGACAGAAGGUACAGCUGAGCUGUGAAGAAAGUGGAGAUGGAGAUCCUCAGGCUUCUCAGGACAGCAGCUCGACACAAGCGGAAGCGGACGGCGCCGUCAGUAACGGAGGGGACUCUGAGUCAGACAAAGAGCUUGUAGAGUUUAAGAUCAUUUGGAAUAAGAACAAGUAUGAUGUAAAGCUUCCAUUGGAUAGUACAGGAGCAAGCCUUAAACAGAAGAUUCAUACCCUCACAGGUCUUCCACCAGCUAUGCAGAAAGUUAUGUUUAAGGGGCUUCUCCCCGAGGACAAGACACUACGGGAAAUCAAAGUCACCAAUGGAGCAAAGGUUAUGGUAGUAGGUUCCACCAUCAAUGACGUACUGGCUGUUACCACCCCCAAAGAGACCGUCCAGCAAGAGGUGAUGGAAGAGGAAACCAAGAAGGAGCCGCUGUGCAGGCAGAAGCAACACAGAAAGGUACUGGACAAAGGCAAACCGGAAGAUGUCAUGCCAUCCCUUAAAGGUGUGCAGGAAAGACUUCCAACUACUCCUAUAUCUGGUAUGUACAAUAAAUCUGGAGGGAAAGUCAGACUGACAUUUAAACUGGAGCAAGACCAGCUAUGGAUUGGUACAAAAGAAAGAACAGAAAAAAUUCCCAUGGGUUCCAUAAAAAAUGUACUCUCCGAACCAAUUGAAGAACAUGAUGACUAUCAUAUGAUGGCAUUUCAGCUGGGUCCUACUGAAGCAUCUUACUACUGGGUAUACUGGGUUCCAGCACAGUAUGUGGAUGCCAUAAAGGACACAGUGUUAGGGAAAUGGCAGUAUUUUUGAAGUUACGCUCACCUCUGGCACAGGACACGAGACAGUGGGAGGAGCCAACCUACAGCCACAACUUUUCUCACCCUGCAUCCUCAACACCCAUACCCCGGUCCUGCAAUUCAAUCCUUUUCUCCACUGCUCCUCGGAAAGUUACAGGGGUGGAACUUUUGCUGUUGCAAAACAUCCUGUGGGACAGAGAAGGCUUAUUUUAUAGGAGCCAGAGGUGACCGAUCCAAAAAUAGUUUACAUUUUAACUCUUGCACGUUGCAGGAUCCCACCUGUAGCUGCGUCAGCCAUAUAUCCAAGUCAAUAAAGCAAACCCCACCUUUUUUUUACCACCUUUUAAAUCCUCGUUCUGCUAGGGAGACUUGUAUGGAACCCCAAUAUAUAUAGCUCUUCCAGAGCAGCCUCGAGGGGAGUAUUGGAUAAUUUGAUGCUGACAACCUGCAAAACUUGGAACACCGCCCCCUGCAGAUGCCACAUCUUCACUGCAUGCAGGGACCCCUUCAGGACACACCAAGAAACCCAGCUGGGAGCAAAUUUUCCAUAAAUUGUCUUUAUAUUUAGUAUCUGCCACCGCAGUCAUGGAGGGAUGUCAACCUGCUUAAUUGUUCUUAGUUUUUUCAGGAUUUUGAUUUUUUUUUUUUGUUUGUUUUUUUGUUUUCUUUUGGUUUCUUAAUAUAGAAAAAAAAUUAAAUGGAUGCAGGAAAGG